AUGGAUGAGCCAAACUGGACGCGGGAGCUGCUACAAUCCUCCUCCUUGUACUUUGAGGGAGCGAAACAAAGCGAUGGAGACUUCCUCAUGUCCGAGUCCGGAUCAAUACACCAAAACGGCAUCACGUUCGACAAUCUCGAGCAAGCACGUCGUCGAUGCUCGCAGGCAAACUCUGCACUCGCAGCGAGUCGCCAAAAUCACCAAGAACCGAGGAACCCCCCCAGGUCUCGUACCGGUUCCGGUUCCGAAGAGAACAAUUCCCCCCCUCAGUCUGAUCAGUCACCGAUGGUUUCUACGCCCUUGUCAUUUACCAGUCUAUCUGACCCGCUCCCCAACGUGUAUCGAUCAAGGGUUUCGUUGAGAAAUUCUGGCAGUCUGGCAGAAAUCGUCAAGCACUCCACGACGGGACCAACCUCCUCGCUGCCCGGUCUCGUUUGCAUUGACGAUGCCAUAAGAAUGACAGUUGAAUACCCGCUUCGCAUGCUGGCGGAUACAUUUCGAUCCCCAUUCAUUCACCCCAAGCUUGCUCGAGAAUGCCCCAAGGGGAUGCCGCAACCGAUUGCCGAGGCGUUGGCCUGCGUCGGGAUGAAAAUGCACUCGGAACAGCCCGGACUGCAGUUUGUUUGUGACGUGUUUCAAGAUCAGCGGGACAAGUUGAUCAAGGAAAUUCCAUCGACAUCCGACAGGAAUGAUCUCGAGGGCGUCUGCGCCUUAUUGCACGCCAUGUGCAUCUACCAGAUCGAGGGGUUGUUGUCCGAUAAUAGAUACAGCUCGAAACUUGCAACUGCAGUGCUACAUCACGAGUAUCUCGUCAGGGCAACGCGACGGCUAUUGAUUGACCUGGAAAAGCCUGUAGCUGUCAACAAAAGACCAUACUCGGUGCUUUCGUCACCAACACCCGCCAGUAUGUCAUGGAGUACAUGGUUGGUGCACGAAUCGCUUCGACGCACAGUAUUCCUCAUCUUCAUAAUCCAUCAUCUGCUCGGAGUAGCCAAGAUCUUGGACCCGGCGUAUUUUGAGCCAUUAUUUCCUCAAGAUCUCUUCGACGCCAUCCAGUUACCCUCUGACGAGUCGCUAUGGCUUGGUGAAAGUGAAGAAGAGUGGCACGCUAUUCGACGUGCUCUUCGGCACACGGAUGCGCGUGCUGGUCCCCAAAGGCUGAGACUUGCAGUUAGCCUUGCCAAACGCCAAAAGGAAAUUUCGGAGCGGGAAGGCGGAACCGUUAAUGAAGAUGACGAGCCUGGAGAUGCCUCUUUUCUGGAACGACUGCCGGAGGUGAGCAGGUUGAUUGUCAGCGUGGCGUCUCUUAACGUAAGGGAUAUGUAA